AUGGAGGGCUACCUCUGGAAGAAGGGCCGCAAGGUGCCCAGCAUGAAGCGCCACUACGCCGUGCUCAAGGGCACAAUGCUGUCCUUCUUCGUCACUCAGGACGAGGCGCAGCGCUCCGGGGCUGUGCCCAAGCGCGUGCUGGAGGUCGUGGACUUCCGCAUCAUGCCGGGCACGCCGUCCUCGGACGCCGCGCACCCGCCGCACAUCGUGCUCAAGUUCCUGGACGCGGACGGCGGCGGCACGCUCCAAUGUCGCGCCGACUCGAGGGAGACGCAGCAGGUGUGGCUCGAGGCCCUGCAGCACGCGCUCAAAGAACCGGACCGCCUGGCUCAGGACGAGAUCAACGAGGUGCAGGCUGAGCUGCUGAAGGACGCGCAGCGGCACAGUCGCGCCGUGCAGCAGGCCACGGAGGCCGUCGAGGCGGCCGGCCGACAGCACCGAGAGCAGGCCAACGCCGAAGCCGCACUGCAGCAGAACCGCGCGAUCGCCGUCGAGCUCAACACGCAGCUGGAGACGGCGCGCGCGCUCCAGCAUGAAGCUCUACAGAAGCUGCAGGCGCUGCAGAACGCGCUGGAGGACGCGCGCCACCGCGUCCACGCCUCGUCCAUCGGCGCGGAGGACACGUCAUCUUUUGACCAGGCCAUGGAGGCGGUGGAGCGGCUCGCGGCCAAAGUCGAACUGGCCGGCAGCGCCGAAGCCACGCACGCGCGCAAUGUCGAGCUGCUGCAGCUGCAGACGGAGGCCAAUGCGCGUGAGCAGCUCGAGCUGGUCGAGAGAGUGCAGAAGUGCGCGGAGGAGAGCAAGAUCCUGCGUCAGGUGGCGGCCAAGAGCCUCGAAGACGCGCAGCGCGCCAAGCAGCGGACCAAGAGGCUGGCGUCCUGGGAAGACGAGAGCGGACCCGCGGACGGCGGACACACGCGGCCGUCGCAGUUGGAUCCGCUGGCCGAAGGCUAUCUGCUGUGCCAGCACCCGAUGCGCACCACGAUGCACCGACGCUACUACGUGCUGACGGGUAACACACUUUGCUGGUACGCGGACCAGGACGCGUACACGACCAAGAUGGACGCGCCCAGUGGAGUUCUUCACGUGGCGGAGGUGGCUGAAUGGGACGGCAAGAUGAAGCCCACGUCGCCGCUGCGCAGACUCGUGGUACCGUUCGGAGGCAGCGCCAAGGGCAACGUCAACGAGCAGUAUCCGAACGCGUUCGCGGUGCUCACAGUCGAGGGCAAGACGCUGCGGUGUAGCGCGCCGCUCAAGAAGAGCCAAGAGGACUGGAUCUCGGCGCUGCACGUGGGGCUCACCAUGCCUCCGCUGUCUCCGCAUCGCGCGCGCGCUGCCAAGUCACGUCGAGACUCGUUCGACUUGCUCGCGUCCACGCCGCUCUCGCCCAAGCGACAGACUGAAGAGCCCAAGAAGGAGGAGGCAAAGGCAGAUACAGAUUCCGUCUCCAGUCCGCAGCCUCCAGACGCCGCUGCUGCUACUGAAGCUGAAGCCUUGACCUCCGAAGUGGUGGUGGAAGGCUAUCUCGUCGGCAAGAGCUCGCUCGAAGAGACCAUGAAGAAGAAGUACUGCGUAUUACGAGCGCUCACACUGUACGUCUUCACCACACACCAAGAGGCUUCGACUGCUGCUGCGUCCGAGUCGGCACUGAAGCGGCCUGCAAUACGCAGCGCCACCUUCCACGCCUGCGGAGUCUCGAGUUGGGACGGCCACGCCACGCUCAUGCACUACGACCACGGCUUCCUGCUCCAGACGACCGAGCACCAGACCAUAUAUUGCAGCGCGCCCAGUCUCCAAGAGAAGAACCGCUGGGUGAGUGGCGUGCAACAGGCGCUGCUCAAGUACCAGCACGACUCGAAGCGCGGCUCCAGGUUGUUCGACCAGCCCAGUGAGUCCGAAGACGAGGAAAAGACCCGUCAGCCGCAGCGUCGGCCGUCGUACGGCUCGGCUCGACGUGAAUUCCUCUCAAUUUUGCAGCGAUACUAUGCUGAGUAUCAUCCAGGGAAACUCGGUGACGUCCCCAUGCUCCUCUCGCGGUAUCAAGGUCGGGAGCAGGCGCUGGUCGAGCACUUGGAUCGACUGUAUGGCACGUCCAUGGGCAGGGACAGCAGGGUUCAGCUUAUCCUGUCAGCGCUGGUACAGGCCCCAUCGCCACAUCCAGCAGCUCCUUCACCUCACAGUGCUCCUGCGUCACCUGCAACCCGAACGUCCGGGGAUCUCACGGACUGGCUCACGUGGAAUAAAGACUCUAGUCCAAGCUUCUGCGUUUUGUCUGGAAGUCGACUGGAACGUUAUGACUCGGAGGAGCAGAGUGGGGCUGGGCCACCGUUGGCGGUGUUCUUGGUGACGGGAGUUCACGACUACCCGACGCCGUCGCCGACGAUGAAUCGCUCGACUAUGGCGGAUCAGCAGCUCCAGUUCUUCCUGUGGCAGUGCUUCGACAGUAGCGUCGUGGCUCACAGCGGCCGCUCAGCUCUGCUGUCCGACGAGGUCGUGGGUCUCCAUCCGGUCACUGCCAAACUGGCCGAGACGAUGGCCUUCCGCCUUGAAACUCAGACCAACGGAGUCAUCAUGCUACGCUCGGACGCUGCUGAGAUCGUUCACGACUGGAUCCACGCGUUGCGCGCUGCCGUAGCGAAUCAGUCUAAACCUGUGGUUGAUGUGGGGUCUGAUGAGAAGAAGGAGGAGGACUCAGGCAGCUCCUUCCAGCAGCUUCGAGCCAAGAUCGUCGUCUUCUACGAGAAGCACAACCCGAACAAAGCGUCCGACGUGGAUUCACUGCUCCACUCGUUUCAGGGACGCGAAGGCGCCUUGCUUGAGCAGAUCGACACGGUCUACAAGAGCAACCUCGCCACAGACCCCGUGUGUACGUCGUUGUGCGCCGAUCUCGCUGCGAAAUACGCCGAAGAGCACCAGAGCGCGUCUCCAGCCAAGCCAGCGAUUGAAACGCCAGUGAUCUUGAUGGAAGGGUACCUCAUGAAGCGCGGCCACAAGAUCCCGUCCAUGCGGAAGCGAUACUGCGUGUUGGUGGGCAACGAACUCUCGUACUUUGUCACGCACGACGACAGCAAGAAUCCUGGCGGUGGCGCCACGACGAACCCCUUGGGCAACUUCCGCGUUGAGGUCGUGGGCGAUUGGCACGGCAAAACUGCGGCUCAUACGUACGAGCACGGCAUGGAGCUGGAGACGACGGACGGCAAAACCUUCUUCUGCGCUGCGUCAUCGGCCAAGGAGAAGCAGCAGUGGGUCGACGCGUUCCGUCGGGGCAUCGCUCUCGCUCGCAAUGAGCUGCGCCGAGCUGAGCUUGAGGAUGAGGACGGCAACGAGCAUGAACGGCAGCUACGCGAGCAAUUCCGAGAGAAGCUGGCAGACUUCUACCGCGUGCGAAACCCCGCGAAGCUGCCGGACUUGGAUCUGCUGCUGAGUUGCUACGCGCAGCGCGAGUUAGCUCUGCUGCAGGCUAUCGACGAGGCGUACGGGACAGGUUUAGCAGCGGAUGAGAGUCUGCUGUCACUGUUGCCUCCGCUACCGGAACAAGCCACAGCUCUCGCGACGCUGAAGCUGGACGGGUACCUGAAGAAGACAAUGGGAGACAACACCAGUUCGCUCUGGAAGCGCGCGCAGACGGUGUACGUUGCAGUGGACGGAUUAACGAUCAAUCUCUUCGCCACGCGCGAGGGAUUCAAGAGCGGAGGCGCUGGCCUGGGUGAAAGCAUGACUGUACUGGCCGUGAAAGACGAUGACGGACGCCAAUCUGCCGCGAAUCGCUUCGCUGUGGAGACGAGCGACCACGAGUGGCUGCGAUUCGAGGCGCGUGAUACCAUGGAGAAGCGCCUGUGGGUGCAGGUGUUGCGCGCAGCACUAGACACGGUGCUGGCUCAGAGUUUGCUGGCCGACGACACCAGUAUGGACCCACGAUCUCGAGCCAGCAGCGUCGUAGUGGACGCGAGAGGCUUCCUACUGCUGAGACUGGACUUUAACUGCGCCCAGGAAGAGCACUGGAAGCGACGAGAGGUGGCGAUGCCCAUCGAGGAGCGCGCCGUGGCGCUGGAGAACGGCAACGAGUUCGUCAUCACCAAGUCGACGUCGUCCGAGAAAGUCGGCGCUGAGCAGGCGCGAUUCCGGGUCGUCAGCACUCGGGCGUGGGCUCCAAGCGCUCGCUGUUGGCCUGUGACCGCGAGCAACCGCGCGCCGCGCUUCCCGUUCCAGAUCGUGACGCAGGAGCAAUUCGUCUUGAGCUGCAGCGCAGCCACCGACGCUGAGCGAGCCAAGUGGAUCCGCCAGCUUCGUCUCGGAGCCGAACAGGCAGCAGCGCUUGAGAUGCUGGAGGAGCAGCUAUUGGAGACCACCGCGCCGAUGUCUCCAGGUCGCAGGAGCUUGGUCGACAAGCGAGAACGAGGCUUCAACGAGGACGGAGGCGUCGUUGUCCCUCCACAACCUGUACUUGUGGAGCACAAGGAGGAGGUAGAAGAGCCUCCGAUGACAGGAUACCUGGCCUUCCGACUCGCUCAGUCCCCGCUCUCCUCUGGAGAAGCUCGGCACGCCUCUCAAGUGCCGAUUCCCCACGAAGGCUUCGUGGUGCUGGACAUGCGCGCGCAUAUCGCCGUCUACGAGGACGAGAGCGCGUACUACCGUCAAGACGCGCCAGCGUGUGAAGCUCAAGCCGUGGAGCUGCUGUCCGAGGGCGUGGCGUCCAUUGCUGUGUCGACUCACAGUCCCAAGACGAAGUCAACGCUCCGUCACUUCUUCCCGGGGGCGAAGGAGGUGGUCCCUUCCUCCUUGGCGUUCGCUGUGCUGCUCCAUCCUUUGAGAGGCGACGGCAACGCGUCCGCAGACGACUUGAACAACGACCACGACGAACACACGGCGAUGCUCGAGUUCUUCCCGACGCUGCCGUCGCAACGCGAUCUCUGGAUGGAGGCCUUCGCCAACCGCAUCGACUUUACCAGAGGGGAAGCGCUGCUCGCCGACGAGAAGAUCAUACUCAAGCUGGAACGAGAAGAAGAAGAACGAGCGCAAGAAGUUGUCGAGGAGAAGAAUAUAGAGGCGGGGGUCGAUGAAUCUGCUGCAACCGGAGGUGAAGCUGGCGAGAGUGAAGACAGCAGUGACAGCGACGACGACGACAGCUCCGACGAUAGCGGAUUCGAGGACAAACCCUUGACGAUCGACAUCGACGUCUCCAGCCCUUCAGAAGAAGCCAAAGAGACUUUACCGCCGCAGAGCGAGGCGGCAGCAUCCUUCGUCUUCCGAGCAGCAGCUAUGGAGGGACUUUUGACCCCGUGGCAGACCUCGACCUCUCCGAUCCGACUGCCUGGUAGCUCCAAGAUGAAGCCCAUGAUGUCCGUGUACGCCGUGCUCAUCGGUUGUCGCUUGAGGUGUUAUUCCUCACGCGAAGCUGCCGCGGCUGAAGACGAACCUCCGUCGCUUGAUGUUGAGAUCGUAGCGUGCACUCCGUGGGAAGCUCCAAACGCGUCGUGGCUGACGAUUGGCAAGGAGAACGAGAACUUAGGCUUCAAGAUGGAAGUCAAGAACUCCCGUCACGGCAUCUGCUUCACGGCGCUGACUAUCGAGGCCAAGCACCAGUGGAUCCACGCCAUUCACCACGAGCUCAACUUCGUAGUGGCCGAGCGAUCGCUGAGCAUCUCGGAGCGGCAGUUCACCCAAGAAGUGGCCGCGCAUCUGGCCAGCAUCGCUGCAAGCACCGCAGCAGCGGAAGCCAACGCCAUCGUUGGUGCAGACGCGAGUUCGACAAAGGUUGAGGGGCAUCUACGCAAGUCGGCCGAGAAGAAGAAGAAGACCAUGAAGAUGAAGCCGCUCAAGCUCUGGAAGACGCGCUACUGCGUCGUCAUGGGCUCUCACUGGCUUGUGUACGCCAACCAGUCCCAAGCUAUUUCGUCCGGAGAAGCCCCCACGCCUGUAGCUGUGUACGAACUCCUGGGCAUUUCAGUAGCUGACGGAGACAACGAGAGCUCCGCGAACGAGUUCUCGAUUCACGUGGUUCCUGGCAAGCACGUCAAGUGCAGAGCGCGCUCGACGCUGGAGCGCAAGCGGUGGGUGAACGCCGUGGAGGACGAAAUCCUGACCCAGGCGAAGACCAGCGAGGACCUCGAGCGAUCCAUGAAGGAGCGCGAGGAGAAGCUGGCGGCGCGUGAGGCUGUCAAGAGCAAGCUGCACGAGGUCAAGACGGACGCGCGACGGCUGUCAGCGCUGCUGGGCGAGGCGAUUCAAAGCGCGCGCGGAGAUUCCGACACCGACUGGGACUCGGACGCGCACGACAAUUCGUCCGAGGAGGAUUCGUCCCUGCGCCAGCGAUCAGGACCCGACUACAUCGAUGGCAGUCCGGAGAGCUCGCCUAUGCGCCGGAACGUGGGGGAAUCGGCCUUCUCCUUCGACACGCUCGACAUCGUAAAGGACUCGGACGGCAAACCGAAGAGCGAUUCCUCCUCCUCUUCCGCGUUCAUGACCUUCUUCGCUUGUUUCUUCCGCUGCGUCCCCUUGAACUCGAGCGGCUCGAACGGCAGGAACGUCAUCGCUCCGCUUGGGAUCCCCGGCUACCCGUCCACCGCUGCAGCGUGCAGCGCGCAGUACACGUGCGACUACUACGAAGACGACGGGUAUCGUGGUCUUACCAAGUAA